UGGUCAAAGAUAACUCCAAGGUUGCUCACAGUAGAGCUGGAGGCCAGGGUUAUACCAUCCUGGAUAACUAUAUGAUCAGAUAAUGUUUCUCUGAGGUGAUUAGUACAAUGACCUUGGGUUUGUCUGAAUUUAGAAGUAAAAAAAGUAAUCGAGGCCUUUGUCUUUAAGACCGUCCUAAAGUUUGUCUACCUGGUUAGUUUCAUCUGGCUUUAUAGAUGAAUACAGCUUGGUAUCUUCUGCGUAGCAAUGGAAAUGUAUGUGGUGCUUUCUGAUAAUUUCACCUAGGGGAAGCAUAUAUAAGGUGAAAAUUAUCGGUCCGGGCACAGAACCUUGUGGAACUCCAUGACUAACUUUUCUAUGAAUGGAAGAUUUGUUAGUAACAUUAACAAACAGAAAUCUAUCUCAUAAGUAAGACUUAAAGCAGUCUAGUGCUGUUCCUUUAAGGCUCUGUUCAAGGCCUGGACUAUACAACUCCCUCCUAGCUGGUCUGCCGACCUCUGCAGCUCACCCAGAAUGCAGCACCCCAGUUGGUCUUCAACCUACCAAAGUUCUCCCACACUACACUGCUCCUCAGUACCCUACACUGGCUCCUGGUGGUGACUCGAAUCCGAUUCAAGGCACUGGUACUCGCUUACCGUGUUGAUAUGGCUCAGGCUCCUCCCUCACUGCGAGGGGCAGAGCCACCGCUCAUCUGAAUCGUGUCUGUUUUCUGUCCUGGUUCCUCAAUGGUGGAACAUGCUCCCCAUUGACAUCAGGACAGAAGAAACCCUUCAAUGUUUCUGCCGCAGACUGAAAACUCACCUGUUCAGACUGCACCUUACUCCUUGAAUCAUUGACGUCAUGUUUGAUUAAUGUUUAUGUACUUCUUGCACUUUUUGGGUAAUAUCUUCAUGGUUGAAUGAACUUAUUGCAAGUUGCUUUGUGACAAAAGUGUCUGCUAAAUGAAUGUAAUGUAAACUCCGCGCCCCCGCCACACCUAUAUACACACAAACAUGACAAAAGGUCAAUAAAUCAGAGUCACAGCAUGAGCAGUGACACUAGAUCUUUUAUUUGAAAAAUGAUGCACACACUUCAAUAUUUCCCAUUAUUAUGAAUGAACAAUUCAGUCUUAUUGACCUCAUCACACAUUAACUGCUUUUCUCCUCUCCUCUCUGCUUUAGCAACAUGAACAGUGUCACAUUACUACGUAGUAAACUUACAUGACUGACACCAACACAUGUUAGUAACAUCAUGUAUGGUACAGUUAACCAUAAUGUCUGUGCUUCACUAUGAAGAUAUAUUCUUAAUGCUCGUCCUGCUUUCUUCACCUUCAAACCACUUCAUGCAGUUCAGUGAGGAGAUACAUUACAGGAAAUAAAUACUGCACUCAUCACUGGCAACUAUUUGAAAAAAGUAAAGUCUGUUAAAUAUAGGCUAUUAUAACAAUAAAGUAAAAAAAAAUUGGUUCACAGCAGUGUUCAGUUUCUCAGAUUUUACAUUUAUAAUAACAUGGUGAUAAUUGAAUUCAUCCAAAUGCCCUCAGGACUAACACUACAGAUUUCCCCUUUUCCCCAAGGAGUGAAAUGAGAAGAAACAAAUACAAGGUCAGUUAUGGUCAGUGUAUCUUGCCUUGACAUAUACAUGUGACUGUUGGCCCAUGAGGGAUCAUACAUCAGCUAUUUCCUAUUUGUGUGUUGAGAAUGGAAAGGCUACAUUUUGAUCAUUUUGACGAUUGAAGAACCAGGAUAAUGGGAAGAACAUAAGAGGGAAAGUAUGUUUCAAAUGAUCACUUGGAAUAAAUUGCAACUGGAAACAAGUAGGCUUCUGGCACAUAAUGAAAAAAAUACACUAUAUACAUAUAUAUGUAUAAAUAAAAGAGGUAGCUCAAAUCAAGCAAUCUGAUUGGUUCAUAGCCAUGGCAUAUUGAGCAUAUACCACGGCUAUGACGUUGAAUCAAUUUGGACAGGUCCGUAUCCCUCCGCGGCUGAGGAAGUAAUGACAUAAGUAGACAUAAGUAGACAUGGUAGCGACGGAGUGAAGCUGAGGACACUUACAAGAGCUCAAAGCACACGGUGAGGUUGAAUGGCCCACGCCCAAACGCCUGCAAACUUAAAUUGCUAGUUAAGGGGGUUGCCAGAGCAACGCCCCUUGACUGUGGUAUAAUGAGAAUAUACCACAGCCUGUUGUGAGCUGUUGCUUAAAUGUAAACUUGACUCCAUAGACUUUAUUUAUUUAUGCUAAAUAUAUGUAUCUUCUCUGAAAUGUUACGUCUUCAGUGGUGUCGCUCUGCCUUUAGCAAGCAAAAAGGAGGCCUGGUUGGGACUUUCCUGAUUUAACAUUGGGAUGUAUGUUGCAGUUCCAUAACCACCUUCACUGACUCAAAGGGAUCCUUUCCUUGGAGUGUGGACAGCGGGUGAUGUAUCCAUUUUCCACAUAUUUAGUGUUUUUUGCUGAGGUGCUUUCUUUGCAUAGCUCUUACUGACUGAUUAUCCGUGUGUCUGUGUACCCUGCAUACUUGUAUUUGUUGCUAAGGACCUCUUUCCUGGCCACUGAGAAGUUGUUGUGCAGAGAGACUUCCCUUUUCUUGAAAGGCAAUUUCAAACAAUACCUGCUAUCCUGAAGUUGCUGAGCGCUCCACUGUUUCCAGAAACUUGAUGUCCUCUUUGGACAUUUCCAUCUCUGCCUCAGCCCUUUCAUUGAACUCCUGGUUGUACAGGUUGGUCCACAUGUUUUCCUUUGCCAAAAAGUUAAAGACAUUGACAGAUUCCAAAUAGGAAUCAAUGCCAUUUGAGACCUGUAGUAUUUUCAGCUUAGCCUUGGAUGAAGCUAAUUCAGUCUCUCCUUUCCUCCUCAGUUGGAGUUCCUGCUCUGUAGAACAUGUCUUUCUUUUUAAACUGUUAUUUGUUUUACCUUGAGCUUAAAAGUCCUUAAAAUGAUCUUCAAUUUAACCUCACGUGUAUAAUCUUUAUUGCAUUAAACCCACAACUUUGUAUCAUUAAACAUUUUUGCUUAAUCCAUGUUUCAUGUUUUCCCUUUGAUCACAUGGCAGUAGAUUCAACAGCAAUGUACAUACAUCACUUCAUCAAUCAAAUCAAUAUUUUAAGAGCAAUCUGUACCUGUGUUUUAUCAUGUACUGUUGUGAAGCACUGCCCUCCAAGCACAGACGUUAUUGGACGUCCAGCAAGGGUUCCUAGUUCCUGGGGAAAGUUCAUUGGUGGAAACGCAGCUCGAGAGACGGAUUAGAGAUCUAGGGAAACAGAUGAGAGAGAGAGACACAGAGAGAGACGGAGAAGGAGAUAUGCCCAGAAAAUUAGAUAAAGAUAGAUAUAAAGUGUAUGUCAGCCACAAUGAGGGAACUGACUAUGCGGAGUGUUGCAGUUCUCAGCCCGUCGAGCUGCGUGUGCGUGUGUGUGUGAGAGAGAGAGAGACGUGGGGAAUCAAGCGGGGUGAGAGGGGAAACGAGCAGAGAGAGAGAGAGAAGCAUGCAGUCUGUAGCAGAGAGACAAGGACAGCGGUCUGUAUCACACUCCUCUCCUCCAUCCGCCCAGCUGCUCUCCCCCUGUCUGUUCACCCAUCACAUCUGCUGCACUGUCGAUACAUGACUGAUCCGGGGAAGGAUGCUGAAGUUCCGUGUGCACAGGAGAGUGAGUCAACAUGACCCCAGUGGACCAGCUGGACCAGCAGUGAGCCCGAUCCAGCUGGAGGAGCCUACACCAAUGCACUCCUAUCUGCAGAAAUGUGAUUUGGAUAUGAAUGGAAAGGUGAAUGCUGUAAAGAUCACUCACUCCAAAAGUGCCAAUAUGGUGUCAGACCUGUCUCCAGAAGGCCAGCCUUAUACACGGACGUCUCGUGCUCCCAGGAAAGCAGCUACAUUUGGGAAGCGUUCCAACUCCAUGCGCAGGAAUCCCAAAGCAGAGGUCACCAAACAGGGAUGGCUGUACAAACAGGCGAGCAGUGGAGUGAAGCAGUGGAACAAGCGCUGGUUCGUCCUCGCUGACAGAAGUCUGUUCUACUACAAAGAUGAGAAGGAGGACUCUGUGUUGGGGAGUUUGCCGCUGCUCAGUUUUCGGAUCAGAGGAGUGGAGCCUUCAGACAGCAUCACCCGCAAGUUUGCUUUUAAGGUUUGGGUGGAGGAUGAGGGGGAGGAGGAGGCUGACAACGGGGGGUUGAAGGAUUCCGUUGUGUUUUGCAUGCAGGCAGAGCACGCAGGGACCAGGACAUACUACUUCAGCACCGACAGCCAUGAGGAGCAGAAGGAAUGGAUCACAGCUAUGAGUGAGGCUGCAGCAGUCAACGUUCAGCCACAACAGAGAAUAAACUCCACUAACACCACAGCCGAUCUCAACCAAACUAUGGUGACCAAGGCCCCUGAUCCUCAACAGCAUCUGCACAUCCAAACACAAACUGAAACCGACAAUGACAAUGACCUGCCCACCCGCCCGAGGGUCAAAGGAGCUGACAAACUUGAGACACAGUCGCUGUCCGGCCCCCUCUCUGACCAGCAGGCGAAAGAGAUUAACAAAAGAAGAGGAGAGGGUGAAGAUGAAGGAGGGGGACAUGGUCCUAACCACACCCUUUACUUAAAUCAUCAUCCAAAUGGUGGGGGCACCUACGGACCACGUUACAUUAUGCCCCACAAAAGCAACAACAAACAGCAUUCGUCCAGGAGUCACAGUGGACAUGGUGCUACUCAGGGACACCCAGAGGGGGGUGACGGUCUACUGGAGGACCCCAGGGAGCAGCAAGAGAACUUAGUGUUGAGGAGGGGCUUCGUGCCUAGGACAGUUCCAGAGCGGGUGGCCCAGAGGAAGAGUUCCAUGGCCCAGCUGCAGCAGUGGGUCAACCAGCGGCGGGGCAUGGCCUCCCAGGAGGACAUCAACAGCCCAUCACGUUACUACCCAGUGAACCGAGGGGUCUCAGCUGACUACUGUGGCUAUCCUGGUGAUCCUCAGUAUGUGGACGAGUACCCAUUCUACCCGCCAGGGGUCCGGCCUGACAGCAUCUGCUCUGUCUCUGGUGUGGGGGGUUACGACUGGCGCUGGACUGUCCAGCAGAAGCGUCACUCACUGAGGGAUGGACCUCAUCAGCUGUAUGGACCCCCAAUGCCCAGGGACCCAUGGGGGCCACAGUACUAUGGUGGAAUGGAAACAUCCAUGAGGCGCCUGUCUAUCCAGCCACGUUCUAGGUCUGUGCCUAGGUCACCGUCUUCAUCAUCGGGGGGGCCCUACUCACCAGUGCCACCAAACUUUGCCUCGCCGGCUCGAUCACUAUCUGCUCGCUUUGAUCGGUUUCCAGGGAGGAUGAGGGACGAUGUGAUCUAUGCUGAUCCGUCCAUCUACAGCCUGAGAAGAUCUCUAAGCUCACCAAAGUAUGACUACUCUGGCGAUAGGAGGUCCUUAAGCCAAGGAUUAUACCAACAGAGCUACCCUGUAUCCCCCUCCAUCCACAAUAAAAUGGAGGACAUAUUAGACCUUCAACUCCAGCGCAACCUGGAUUACCUAGACGAACAGGGGCCACGUUUCCAUGAUGUCUACAGCAGAGAGUUACAUCCCACACUGAAACUCAACGAGAUUGAAACCAGUUGUUUGAUACAGAAACUCUUGGGUCGACUGUGUGAGCAGAAUCGAAUUUUGAAAGACCACGAGGCUGUUGUCCACCGACUGAGAAUGGACAAGGUACACCAUUUCCUCAAAGACAGCCUAGAAGAAGCGCUGGUGGCCACUCAUCAGGAGAUGGAGCUGUACCAUAACCAGCCUUUGGCAAUGGAAAAGCUGCAGUUCAAAAAGGAAACCCUGCAGAACCAGCUCAUCAACAUCAGAGGGGAGCUCUCCCAGGCCUCCAGUGCUUUAACCACCACUCGUCUACAGUUUGAAGCGUUAGAGGAUGAAGCCAACGCAAUCCAUGGAGAUCUAUGGGAGCAGCUUAAUGCAGGAGGGCAGACUGAACUGGUUCACAGGCACAUUCAGAAAGAAUUUUGGAGAGUCCAGGAUGUUUUAGAAGGACUGCACAAGAAUAACUCAUCCAGAGGUACUGACACAGCCAAGCACAGAGUGGCCAGCGGUGCGUCAGGCUCCUUUAGCACCAAUAGUCCAGCCAGUCCCCUGAGCUCAAUAAGCCUCACCAGUCCGCUCAGCCCCUUCUCCCCAGUGCCCGGCUCCAAGGCCUCCCCCACCAAACAGCUGGGCCCGGAGGAAAGUGUUCCCCCAAGACCUCCCCUCCCCAAGGCGUAUUAUCCUUUGGAACUCUCCCCUACCUCCCCUCCCUCCAUACCCCCCCUGCCCUUCGACAGCACCGCCUGGCUACGCAGCUUGGGCCUCGAUGAUGGUUACCUUGAUGGUGAAGAGUCUCACAUCAAAAAGCUCAAGUUUGGUAAACAGAACAAUGCCACUGAUAUGCAGGACCAGGUCCAGGAGAGGCAAUCCAGCAUGAAUAAAGUAGGCAUUGUUCCUCCUAGAACCAAGGCCCCCAGAGAUGAAUCACACACCAGCUCAACUGAAGUUUCCCGCCUAAAGGGCAGAGUGCCUAAUGGAAUCUCUAGGGAGCGUCCGAAGAGUGCCGUGUUUCCUGCAGAGAUGAAGUCAAAAAUGAGCAUAGAGGAGCAGAAUCAGCGAAUCCGCCGCAACCAGAGCAGCUCCGUGAGGGAGAAGAGGCGGAGUCUGAACCUCUCAGGUGGCCAGUCUCCAGCCAACUACAAAGUGGUUCGCAGACGGCUGACUGCUCACGAGAUCGACAUUAAAGACCUGGAGGCAGCGGUUCGAGGCCAAGGCCAAGAGUCGCCUCGGGAAGAAAUUGCUCGCCUGAGACAGCUAAAGGCUGAACCAGAACACUACGAUCUGGAUUUUAGCAAAGAGCUAAUGGCUCCGGACAAGGUUCUGAUCCCCGAGCGCUACCUGGACGAGGAGGACGACGCUCCUCUGAGCCCCGAGGAACAGAAGGAGAAGCAGAAGAAACUGGAGCGUAUCAAGACCCUCAUCGCCAAAUCAAAUUUGCAGAACGUGGUUCCUCUUCUGGACGGGCCCGUGGAGGGCGGAGCUCCCGUCAGCUCCCAGCAGCAGUUGCAUGAGCAGGAGAAACGCAUCGAGAUCUCCUGCGCUCUGGCUGCUGAGGCAUCUCGUCGCAGCCGCAUUUUCUCUGCCCAGUGCGCCCCCAGCCCCCCCAACUCCCCGACCAGCCUGGCCCCUCCCCCUUCCUCUGUCGACUUCCCCAACUCUGCCCACAUCAUGAAGGUGUGAGUCUUAAAGCUCAAGCCCUGGCUGCAGUUAAAUUUGAUGGAGCAUCUUUCUGAGGAUUAACUGGAGAUGAGGAGAUGGCCACAGACUGUGACUUUUAUUUUUUUAGCACCUAAACUGAUACAACAAAAGCAUUGACAUCUGUCAAAGGAGGUUUCCGAGGGGGCAAGGGCAAAUUAUUAAGAGACAUGUAAGAUCCCUCCCCCAAACUGAGAUUCAUCCAACCCAGGACAACCUCCCACUGUGUGACCAGUGGCACAAAGGAAGGCUGCACUUACCUUACCAGCUUCAUCUUGUGUAAUAUUUUCUAUGUAAUUUAGCUCAGGACAUGUUCUACAAAAGAGAGAUUAAUGAUAAACUACUAUCUCACUCAUAAUGGCAAAAUGUCAGUCAACUAAGGUUGGAUGUUGAUUACUUCUUAAGGGAAUACUGCAUAGGAUGAGAAGAGAAAGUGAAUGUCACUAACGUAGACGAGUAGAUGAGACUUAGACUAAGACCCCCAGAGAUGUUCUUUCAUGUGACCUCUACAUUAACGAGAGAGAGGAGUGUGGUCGGUGACAGGCCGAGGCUACUGUAAAUACUCACACUUUGACAACUGAUCCGAGGACUCACUGUGAUGCCUGUUCAGCCUCGACCUUCGUCCUAUACUACUCCUUCUAUCUUGUCUGCUGUCAAUUACACUCAUAUGCAACCAUUAGUAUCACAUACAGUUAAUUCUAAUGGGUCAGACAUGAUAAUGUGACCUGGAUUAUACUUUUUUCACAUCCAAAAUCUUUCACUGCUGCUAACAAUGUCACUGUCUAACAUCAGAAUAUAUGUUUUACCUUGCAGCCUCUACCUCUCCAAUAUUUGCUGUCAUUCAGAUGUUAUUUACUCAAGCACUGGUUGGAUCAGAAAGUCAAGUCCUUGGCAUAGUCCAGAAUGAAGAGUUCUACCAUUUCUAGUUCAGGUGUUUGAGUUUGCAGAUGUGGUCCGUUAUGCAUUUUGAACAGCAGACUGCCAACUGUGUACAAGACAUUUACAACGGGACCUUAUUGGCUUUGCAGAAAUAUUUUUUUCUAUAUUCUUUCAAAGCGUCCACCUGCUGCCAGUACUGCAAUGCCAUUUAUGAAAGAGGUUGGAAUCUGAAAAACGACAACAACUACAAAAGAUGGUGAUCAUCUAGCAGUUGGACAAUGAAACUGUUGGGAAGGCCACCAUGAGAACAUCAUGAGGCACUGAGCAUAAAGCUCUCAUCCAGAACAGUUGCAUCUCCGCACCACUGUGUGCAGCCCCUUAUGAGACAGCCCCAGUGAGUCUACACAUAUGUAGGUAAAGUAUGUUGGAUAUAUGUUGUAUACUGUAUGUGGAAAGUGAUAAUAGAAGUGACCUUAGAAGAUUUUGUUUGUUUGUGGAGGAGUUAGCUAACAAUGCAGUCAUUUGAGAGGAAUUAGCCAAUAUGCUGUCGUGUAACAUAUCCCUACAUAACAUAUUCCAUCCCAUCAUGCAGUGCCAAAAGUCUAACAUGCCAGGUUUUUGUAUGUGUUGUGAUGAAUAACAUAUUAAUGACAAGACUUACAUUUGAGUUUGAAUCUGGAGAACUGAUUAAUAGUACAGUUUUGAAAUAAAUAUGUCAUUUAAAUAUGAAUCUAUUAAAUGAUACAUUUGUUUCGCAAUUUAAUUUUCAAAUAAAUGAAAAGGUGAAAUGAUUUGAGAAAUAUAAAACCUCAUCUCAUCCUUCUUCAGAGUAACACUGGUUUUAGUACAGUUCUUUUUCAAUUCAAUAAUAGUAAUCUUUUUUCUUCCUUUUUUGUAAGUUUUUCCUCAGUCUAAUCCAGGGUUGAGGUCAGAGGAUGUCGCACCUUGUACAAAGUGUUGAGCCCUAUGAGGUACAUUGUGAUUUGUAAAUAUGGGCUAUCCGUAUAAAAUUUGAUUGAUUGAUAAUUUGACAAUGGCACUUUUAUAUUAGGUCAUGUCUGUAUUUUAAGUCAAAAAUUAUGUGGCUGAAUGCGUGGAUAAAGGGGCGUAGCCAUCAUUUCAGUAGGAAGACCAUUUCUAUUUCAUGAUUUAUUGAAAGAUCCUCCCUUAUUCGAUUGCUCCUCAUCUUAGGAGCUGGAGAACCAAACUAACAACCCCAAACACUUGAUGACUGGGAAAAGGUCAACUUCUGCAGUUGGCAGCCAGAGUACAGGGGCCAGGAAUGUAUUGGGACUGUCAAUCAGCCCGGGACUUUGAGAGGCCUUUUAUACAGUGGCCAGAAUGGCGGGAGCAGAACAUUUGUUGGUGGUAAAUUGAACACUUACAAUGUUUUUGUAGUAUAAAGACAAAAUGAUUGUCCUGAAAUUCUUCAAGACACUUUAAAAUGUCUUGCUGACACCUGCCUCCUCAGUUUGUACAAGCACAUCACCACUGCACUGAAUCAAAAUCAGACCAGGUCAGGCCGACUCCCUCACGCUGCACCUGUCACUGUUCUUUAGCUGGUUCCUGCUUCAUCGUCCUCUUCCUCAUCAUCAACACCAUGACUGUUGUCACCCUGUCCCUCAGCAUCACCUCUGCAGACACUGGCCUUGACAGCUAGUAAUAAUAAUAAUAUUAAUACGUAUUUAUUUAGCACUUUGUGUGCCGACAUUAAAUCGACAUAAGAACACAACAAGUUUGUGUGUGUGUGUUGUGAUUGGAGCAAAGGUCCCAAACACUUUGUAGGUUGUUCAUGCUGGUGUGUCAAUCUUUACAUCAUGCAACAACGAGAAUUUAGUCUCAUUUUACCCUUGCUUCUUCUUUACAUACACACACACACUUUGUUAUCAAUACGGUAGAUGGACUAUAUUUAUGUAGCACUUUUCUAGUCUUAUUGACCACACAUCUAUUCACACAUCCAUGCUAUUUACUACACUUUUUCUGUCACAUUCAUACACUGCCGCAAUUUACGGUAAAGCGUCUUGUCCAAGAACACAUCGGAAUUGGACUGGGGGAAGCUGGGAUCGAACCGCCAACCUCUGGGUUAGUGGACGAGCCACAUCAUGUUCAUCAUGCUUUUAUACACAACGAUGUUAAAGUGACCUGUCCAUUGUCGAAAAAGCAGCAAUUUUGUGUUUCUACUCAGUUUGAUAUAGUAUAUGACAGAAAAUAAGGAAAAUGUAUCUUUAUCAACAAAACAAAGUUGUUUUUUUUAAAGUUUUUUUUUAAGAAAGGGAAUAAGUUCAAAAGAGGUAGUACAUAUUUUUUUAGAUUCAUGGAUAUUAACAGGUUCAAUUUUUACACGCAAUCAAUGUUUUGCAUUUUUCACAAACUAAAUUUUUUUAUUUUAUAUCUUGACGAUUGUUUGAAGGAGCAGAAUAGAGAUAUUUUUGGAUUCCUUGGAAUCUGAUCAGUUAAAGAAAAGGUGGUGUCCAAUAUUUGAUACUAGAUGUAGCAUUUGUGGAUGUUGAAAUUGAAUAAUAUAUACAUUUUACAGUGUUCUUUGGAUAUUUUCAUUUUAGUUUUAGUAUAUCCUACUAUUACAUGUAACCAUUGCUACUUUGGGUGCAAAUGAAUAAACUGCUUGAACUAUGCAAAUUAUAUUAAAAAAGAGACGUAUAAUACACCUGCUUUCAGAAAACCACAACAAAGUGAAUGUAUACAAAUGAUGUGUUUCUCUAGAUGCUUGAAUUCACUACAGUAAUUUAAAUGAUAAAACAUGUCUCACUGUCUGGAAUGAUUAUAUAAUUACUGUUGUUAUACUGAUCCAAAUUCACUGCCAAAAAGUGGUUAAUUCGUUACCAAGAGGCUUUCUGAUGAUAUUCUACAGUCAUGGCUAUAUCUGUAUGUCUGAAUGAAUAAAAAACAUACACACAGA